AUGAGUCUCUUCCAAUCCAGCUGGACCACUUUGCUGGCCAAUAUCUUGAUCCCUGUGGGAAUCCUCACUUUCUCUUCCGGGUUCUUCCCCUAUAAGCCACUCCUUCCGGGCCUUGCGGCAUUCGAUGAGGCUGAUCAGGAUGCCACGUCUCCAAUUUUUGAUAAAGUCGUGUUUAUGGUGGUAGAUGCAUUGCGCAGUGACUUUGUUUACUCCAACGAGUCUGGAUUCUUGUUCACGCAAAGUCUGAUUCGAUCGGGUGUGGCAUUGCCCUUUACUGCCCAUGCAAGCUCUCCAACGGUCACCAUGCCUCGAUUAAAGGCCAUGACUACAGGUUCUGUUCCAUCGUUCCUGGAUGUGAUCCUCAAUAUCGCCGAGUCAGACACAUCGUCAACUCUUGCUUUCCAGGACACCUGGCUAGCCCAAUUGAAAGCCCGAGGAGAUCAACUUGUCAUGUACGGGGAUGAUACGUGGCUUAAACUGUUCCCUGGCAUGUUUGGUCGAGCUGAUGGCACUACCAGCUUCUUUGUAUCGGACUUUGUGGAAGUGGACCAGAAUGUUACCCGUCAUGUUCCGACUGAGCUUGCCCAAGACGACUGGUCAGCUAUGAUCAUGCAUUACUUGGGUUUGGAUCACAUUGGCCACAAGGCAGGGCCUAGAAGCUCGUACAUGAUACCAAAACAGCAAGAGAUGGACGCAAUCGUGAACGAAGUUUACAGCGCAAUUCAACAGAAGCCACAUCUUGAGUCUACUUUGUUCGUUCUGUGCGGCGAUCAUGGCAUGAAUGAUGCCGGAAACCAUGGUGGUGCAUCGGCCGGAGAGACAUCCCCGGCCCUACUCUUUAUCUCACCUAAAUUCGAGGCUUUGGGAGUCCGCCAAGAAAGCCCUGUUGAGGCCUUUGACGAUCUCCAAUACUACCGUACAGUCGAACAAGCAGACAUUACACCGACAUUGGCUGGUCUCCUCGGAUUGCCAAUCCCUCUCAACAGCCUGGGGGUCUUUAUCCCCGAGUUUCUAGAUCUGUGGGAAUCCAAAUCCCAGCGGCUUCAGAUGUUGACUCGAAAUGCUCGUCAACUCUUAAAUACCGUCCAAGCUACGUUCCCUGGCUUUGCAUUCAACCAAGAAGCCAUUGCGGCAAGCUGUGCAACAGGAGCAGACUCUGGUAUCGAAGGUGCCCAGUGCGCAUGGUCCGAAGUUCUCCGGCUUUCAUCUGGCGCCAUCACAAAUGACGAGACAUCCUCAGCUCUGGAAUCAUCCCUGCUGCGGUUUUCGCGAAUCGCACAAGAUGUGAUGAGCAGCACCGCAAGUAAUUACAAUAUCUCCAGACUCUGCCUGGGACUGGUAAUCACUGGCAUUGCGGCGCUUCUCGUCUUCCCCAACACAUAUUAUGAAUGUGCGCGGUCGACGUAUACUGGAGUCUUCCUUGGAUUCAUGAUCGUUGGCUAUGGAAGCAUGAUGUUCGCGAGCAGUUAUGUGGAGGAGGAGCAACAAUUCUGGUAUUGGAUUUGCUCCGGGUGGAUGUUCUAUUUACACGCUCGGUCGGCAUCGCCCAGGACAGGCUCUUCAAGAGCUACUGGCAGACUGUCUCGUCACGGCAGCAAGUUUGCUAUUCUGGGACUCGCAGUCGCCCAGCGGGUUAUUCGGCGCUGGAAUCAGACUGGCCAGAAAUUUGCAGCCGAACCAGAUAUUGCGCGAACUUUUUUUCCAGCCCACCCGGCCGUCUUUUGGGGUUUGUUUUUGCUCUCAUAUGCAGAUGCGGGGUAUCAUAUUCUGCGAAGUCUACCAUCCUCUGCUGUGCUAAAGCUUGGAGGCGUAGGCCUUACAGCUUUGGCUUUUAUAUUCAAGCUGAAUUUCGUCGCAAACGACUCUCCUGAACUCCUUGUGGGGUCCUUCUUAUCGAAGACCGCAGAGAUAUGGCCAGAAAGUCUGUCACUGGUUCUGCAGGCAAGGCUCAUCUUUGGAGGGCUUGUGUGUUGUGCUCUUCUUGCGAUCGUGGCCCAAUAUCAGCCCGGUGCAAGGCGUGUCUCCAAUACACUCCUCCACGAGGCUCUUCAUCUGUUCUUGAUGACCCAAUCUCGAGCCUCCAACAUCCCCCUAUUCUUCGUAUUCCGCAUCGCUGCCAUGACACUGUCCUCGAUGAACCUGUCAGGAAUCGAGGUAACCAUCACAACCUUGAUCCUCCAAUACACCACCUUCUUUGCAUUUGGAGGUUCGAACGCGAUCUCCUCAGUCGAUCUUUCAAGUGCCUACAACGGUGUCGGCAGCUACAGCGUAGUGAUGGUAGGAAUUUUGACGUUCGUUAGCAACUGGGCGGGCCCAAUCUGGUGGGUUUCUGCAGGCCACUUGCUUCGACCCCAACAAGGCUCGGAGGAUCAUAACGCAGCUUCGCUGCUCACAUUCCACAUCGCCACUUCACUGAUGUCCGUCAUGGCAGCGUGUACUGCCCUGCGGACACAUCUGUUCAUUUGGACCGUGUUCUCGCCCAAAUAUUUGUAUACGAUGGCAUGGGCGACAGCCAACCAUGUUGCAGUGAAUCUGCUGGGCGGUGCUGGUCUUUCUUUUCUUCGGUCUCGGAAAUGA